GCACAGUUAGAAAACAAGUCCCUGGUAGUGCAAGAGAUAGCUCACCGAGCUCCGUAGCUGAGGGAGGAUUAGGGUUGUGUUGGGGUGUUCAGCCGAUUGCGUGUACCAGGCUUAUGUAGUUAAGCUUUCUGUGCUGGCCAUCUGCCCAUGGGAGAUUAUCCCUCUGAUCCGAGGGAUGUGAAUUUCGGGAAGCGCAGAGUCAACCCUGCUGCUGAUAAAUGGGUGGUGGGCUGUCUCGAAGCCGCAUCAUUUCUCAUCAGCUUGCAACUUCAACCUCCAGGAUGGCCCAGAAAACAGUCUUGGUCACCGGCUGUUCCUCUGGGAUUGGCUUGGCCAUCGCAAACAAACUGGCCAAGGACCAUGAGAAACGAUUUAUGGUCAUUGCCACCAUGAGGAAUUUGGACAAAAGGAGAGACCUUGUGGAUAUUGCGGGGACUGCACUGGGAAAAACGCUGGAAAUUAAACAGCUGGAUGUUUGCAGUGAAAAAUCAAUCCACGACUGCAUCAACAGCAUUCCCAACAGGAGGAUCGACAUACUCAUUAGCAAUGCGGGGAUGGGGAUGAUUGGACCCAUCGAAUGCCAGUCGUUGGAUGAGAUGCAGAGAGUUAUGGACACUAAUUUCUUUGGACUUGUUAGACUGCUUAAAGAAGUCUUGCCAGACAUGAAGAGGAGGAAGAGAGGCCACAUUGUGGUGAUCAGCAGUGUCAUGGGUAUUCAAGGGAUAUUAUUCAAUGACAUAUAUUCUGCUUCGAAAUUUGCAGUGGAGGGAUUUUGUGAAAGUUUGGCGAUCCAGGCCUUAAAAUUCAAGUUAAACAUAACUCUAAUCGAGCCUGGCCCUGUUGUCACGGAGUUUGAAAAGAAGGUUUAUGAAGAAGGAACAAAAAUUGAUUUGUCUGCUGCAGACCAGGAAACAAGAGACAUUUUCACAAACAUUUACUUGCGCAACCACAAGGAAAUAUUCUCAAGCCUGGGACAAAGUGCAGAUGAAGUGGCAGAGCAUACAAUGAAGAUCAUCCUGUCAGACAAACCUCCAUUCCGUCAUCAAACAAACACGCUUUACACCCCCAUGACUACGCUGAAGUACGUGGAUCCUAAUGGAGAUCUUCCCAUUGACACCUUCUACAAGAUGGUCUUCCAUCACGACAAAGUCUUCCAUGCCAGCCUCAAUUUUAUCAAAUUGCUAAGAUGGAGAAGCAGGAAGAAUUUUAAUCUAGGGAGACCAAACAGUAAGGAGUAGCUUUAUUCAUCACAGCAGUGGAAAAACGAGCAGUCAUCUCUUGUUAAUCUUAUUUCUUAAUGGACUGUUAGCAUUUUUUUUGAAGCAUCUCUCAUCGUUUCUCAUGAUCUAAAACAUCUGAUGCCGCUCUU